AUGGCUUCCGAUGGUCCUGUAGCGACGAGCAGCAGUGGCGUGACGCCUGCUGACGUGGACAAGGCAGCUGACGAGAUUCUCGUCUACUGGUUCGGCGACUUCAUGGCGCCUGAUUACGCUGGCCCAGCACCCGAAGAUGACGUCAUUGCAGCCAAGCAAUCUCUCUGGUUCCGCAAAGAUGCUGACGUGGACGCGUUUAUCCGCGCUAGAUUCGCUCCCCUCAUCCCACUCGCGGCGUCAGGCCAGCUGGCAGGCUGGGAGGACACGCCACGUGGUGCGCUGGCAUUGGUCGUGCUGCUGGACCAGUUCACGAGGAACAGCUUCAGAGGGUCGCCUGACUCCUUCGCUCAGUAUCUUCCCGUUCACCCACCCAACUCCCCUCCCCUUCCCCAACCACCAGACCUACCAGACCAAGAUCUGUGUGUGCAGCUGCCAGCUGCUGUCAGAGUCGACCUACCAGACCAAGACCUGUGUGUGCAGCUGCUGUUGGAGUCGGUAGCAGAGGCACGAGAGUGUUCACUUCUUGGACAUUCAGUAACCUGCAUCUUCCCUUUCACCCUCCCCCCACCACCAGACCUAGCAGACCAAGACCUGUGUGUGCAGCUGCUGUCAGAGUCAGUAGCAGAAGCACCAGAAGGCGCACUCAAGGACUCCCUGUCCGGGUGGGUGGGCUACGCUCACAAGCACCGUGACGUCAUUGUCAAGUUUGGUCGGUUUCCCCACAGGAAUGAGGUGCUGGGGAGGGAGAGCACAGCGGAAGAGGUGGAGCACGUGGCAACGCAUGCUAUUAUUGGCGUGGUGCUUCUGCUCCUAGUCCUCGUCUGCUGCUCCCUCGCCAUUCAAGUCCCUGGCAACGCCUUCACCGUUGAUCUGAAUCCCAGCGCUGUUGUUCAACCUCUAAGCGACCAAUUCAAAACCACAGCUGAUUUGCAGUCGGAAAAAGCCGGUUCUGCAACUGAAGUGACAAAAAUGGCUACUUUCCCUGACGUCGUGGUGGUGGGAGGCGGCCUCGCGGGUCUGUCUGCUGCCGUGGAAGUUGUCAAGCGGGGCGGCACUGUCCUCGUCCUCGAAAAGAGCGAACGGCUCGGCGGGAACUCUGCCAAGGCGAGCUCUGGAAUGAACGCUGCUCGCAGCGGGCCCCAGCUGGCCGUUGGCAUCGAGGACAAGCUGGAGGAUUUCGCCAAGGACACCGAGAAGUCCGGCAAGGGUCUGUCGGACAUGGCGUUGGUGGACGUGAUCGUGAAGCAGAGCGCGGACGCCGUUGCGUUUCUCGAAGGCUUCCAGAUCGACCUCUCCAGCAUCGCGCAGCUCGGCGGCCACUCGCAUCCGCGCACGCACAGGUCCAAGCCCGACGGCAAGCCCAUGAACAUCGGUUUCCGCAUCAUGUCCGUGCUCGUCAAAUACGUCGAAGGUCUUCCUGCUGACAAGGCCAAGGUGGUGAAGCAAGCCCGGGUUACUGAGCUUCUCACAGACGACACCGGCGCCGUCACUGGCGUCAAGUACGAGACCCCCGCGGCCGACGGCUCUGGAGGCAAGGAGGAGACGGAGGUGAAGGCGCGCGCUGUCAUCCUCGCCACGGGCGGCUACUCGGCAGACAAGGCCGAGGGCGGCCUGCUGGACCAGCACACGCCCAAGCUGCGAAACCUGGCGACCACCAACGGCCCGUUCGCGACGGGCGACGGCGUGCGACUGGGUUUGGCGGCGGGCGCGGGGCUGGUGCACAUGGACCAGGUGCAGCUGCACCCGACGGGGUACGUGGACCCCAAGGACCCGCGCAACCCCGUCAAGUUCCUCGCGCCCGAAGCCCUCCGCGGCUGCGGCGGAAUCCUGCUCAACGAGAAGGGCGACCGGUUCGUGAACGAGCUGACGACGAGAGACGCGGUGGUGGAGGCGAUUCUGAAGAACUGCGGGCCACUGCCCGAGGUGCCAGGCGCGCCAGCAGGGGGCGCAGACAUGCCAGCGGUGUCGUACCUGAUUCUGAACCAGGAAGCCAUCAACAAGUUCGACCCGCUGUCGUGCCAGUUCUACAUCGGCAAGGGGCUCAUCCGCAAGUUUGACAGCGUGGAGGCACUGAGCGAGGGCACCAAGCUGCCAGCGGCGAAUGUGAAGGCUGCUCUGGACUCGUACGGCCGCCACGACGCAGAGAAGGGCGAUCCCUUCGGCAAGACCGUCUUCCCUGUGCUCUUCAACUCCUCCGAGCCCCCGCUCUACGUGGCCAUCAUCACGCCGUCGCUGCACUACUGCAUGGGAGGGCUCAAGUUUGACACCAGCGGCCGCAUCCUCAAGGAAGAUGGCACGCCCAUUCCCGGCCUCUUUGGUGCCGGCGAGGUGACAGGUGGGCUUCAUGGAGCAAACCGCCUGGGUGGUAACUCCUUGCUUGAGUGUGUGGUGUAUGGGCGCGUGGCUGGCAUCAAUGCCUUUGAACGCAUUGUUCUUGAACGACGUCGCACUGCUCUACCUGAACGACGUCGCACGGGAGGGACACCGUCGGACUCUCUCGCUUCUGCCGCACUCCUUGCCAUGGACGACCUUCUUUUCCCGCUCGCACCGCUGCACUCUCCGCACUCUUCCCUGCUCGCACCGCUGCACUCUCCGCACAACAGCCACGGCACUACCACCAGCACCACCACCACGGGAGGUUUACCAUCAGACUCUCUCGCUGACGCACUCCUCGCCAUGGACGACCUUCUUUUCCCGCUCGCACCGCCGCACUCUCCGCACUCUUCCCUGCUCGCCUCGCCGCACUCUACCCUGCUCGCAUCGCCGCACUCUUCACACAACAGCCACGGGACUACCGCCACAAUCUGUAGCAGCAGCAGCAUGGGAGGGACACCGUCGGUGUUACCACCACUGUCUGACUCACUCACUCCUGCCGCACUCUUUGCAAUGGACGACCUUCCUUCUCCGCUCGCACCGCCGCAGGCUCCGCACUCUUCCCCGCUCGCACCGCCGCACUCUACCCUGCUCGCACCGCCGCACUCUACCCUGCUCGCACCCCCGCAAUCUCCGCACUCUACCCCGCUCGCAAGCAGGGAGGUGCAGAUACAGCGCAUGCUGUCUGGGCUCUCGCACCUCGCACGCCUUCUACGACUGCAGGAAGUACAGCAGCCGGACUUGCAGCAGGCGGAAGCGCGGCAGUCGCAAGUGCAGCAGCCGGAAGCGCAGCAGGUGGAAGCGCGGCAGGUGGAAGCACGUCAGCACGUGGGCGGUGGGAAUGCAGUGGACAGCAGCGGCAUGCGCGAUCAUGAUUUCCUCGCACGCGAGCCACUAACGGAGACUGUCAUUCCUGUCUCUAACGAGGACAGGACUGCAGUGUGUGCUCUGCCAUUACAACUGACAGCAGCAGCAGCAGCAGCAGCAGCAGGCAGAGGCAAAGGCAGGGGAAGGUGUGCUGUCAAGCCGGGUGACCCCGAGGCUGCUGCAGAUGAGGGGCCGGGAUGA